UCUGUCCGGCUUGGUGGCAGCGGCGGACGCGACCGACGGCAGAGCUGCGCCGUCCGCCGUCCGAGCCGCACGCGCCGCGCCGGCGUCCCCCGCUGUACUGAGGAAGCACCGUGCCGACCGAUCGGGGAUCAUCAGAUACCUCGAACAUCGCCUGUAGAUCUCGGCGACUGUCUGAAGAUAACUUCGAUUAUUGAAGGACUCGGUAUCGUAUUUGCGGCUUACUUCAGGGAGUCAUUGUCAUCUCUGUACCAGUGCUGUCCUCUUUGACUCAGCACUGACCAUUUUUAUAGAGACCGGUGGGUGGUUUGGUGUCACUGCGUGUCGUUAUCGACACAGCGUCGCGGCCAUGGCGGCGCUUUUAUCAGGCCAUGGAGCUCUCCUGGCCGUUCUUCUGAUGGCGAUGGGCGCAUCGGCGAGCGACCUGGGCGACUAUGACAUGCCGACCCGCGCUCCGGGCGAGGUCCCGACGCUGCUGGAGGACCACCACAGUCGCGAGGUGGCCGCCUGUCGCCGCAGAGGUAACCUGUACGCCUUCUACGAGCCGCUGAGCCGGUGCAUGCCACUGAUGGAGACCGGCGGCUCGCCGUGCCCCGACAAAGAGGUGCUGGUCCUGAACGCCACAUCGCUGGAGGCCCAGUGCAUGAAGCUGCCCUGCGACGUGACGCACGUGCUGCUGCCCGACGGACGCUGCCACACCAAGGAGGAGUUCUGCGACCACGCCGAGGACAAGGAGCUGGUGCUCAAGGAGACCGGCUACGGCACGUGCGACUGCCCCGACCUGCACGUCUACUGGAUGGAGGACGACCGCUGCUACGCGGCCUACACCCGCGGCCCCUGUGGCGAAGGAGAGUACAUCGUGUUCCGAGAGGAGGUCGGCGUGGUGUGCGAAGACAACCCGUGCCCGGAGGAACAGGUGCCGUGGCGAGGCCAGUGCGUGCCACGCACCGGUCACGGCUGCCUCGACUCGAAGCACGGCCACCUGGUGCUGAACCCGGCCAACCUCAAGUACGAGUGCACGCUGCGCUGCCCCGAGGGCAUGGUGGAGGUGGACCUGGACUGCUACGACCUGUACACGCGCGGCCCGUGCCCGGCCGGCGAGUACGUCGUCCACGUGCCUGGCUCGCAGCUGGGCCGCUGCGAGGAGAACCCGUGCGGAGAGGACGGCCUGGUGCCCUGGGACGACAAGUGCUGGCAGCGCGGCCAGUACUGCGCCACCGACCUUCCGCCGCCGCCCUCCACCUCCUCCAUCGGCGCGGCCAGCGAGAAGCGCCGCCCGCAGAAGAGGGAGCCCGUCCGGCUGCCCGACGACGACCACCUGGUGAUCCUCGACCGGAACGACCUGCUGUCCACCGGCCCUGCCGACGGCUGGGUCGACUCCGGACCGGCCAGUCAGUUUAGUCUGUUUGGCUCGUCAGCUCCCUCCGGGUUUUCAGAGAUGUCCGGACCGUCCGGACCUUCCGGACCAAGCGGUUCAUCGGCGCCUUCCGGGCCAUCGGGACCGUCAAUGUCUCAGAUCCUGGAGAGACCUCCGGAGGGAUAUCAGUAUGGGCCGGAGACGCCGAAACAGCCCGACAUGCCGAAGCACAUGCUGCCGCCGCCGCCGCAGGUCCCGCCCGGCCCGGCGCCGCCUAUGCGUCUGGGAGGAAGCAGCGACAACUCACACCUGAUUGAUCUGCCCUCGCCGCACUUUGGCCCAUCCCUGGCGCAGAUUGCCGCCUUCAAUUCGAUCCUUCCGCCGCCGUCCCAGUUCGAGCAGUCGUACGGCCAGAACGGCCCCGAGCCCUCGCCGGUUCCGGUCAGCCAGUCACACGAGCAGACCCCACCGCGGCCGUCCUUCCUCCCAGCCCCGCCGCACCUCAGCCAGUCCGGCGGCGAGCGGAUGCCGCCCGGCCACUCGGUCCUCCCGCCGCCUCCCCAGUUCACUCAGCAGGAGACCUUCCCUUCCCCGCCGCGUCCCGUUCCUGCCAACACACCCACCGCUCCGUCCUCCGGCCAGCCCUCAGCAGAGCGUGUGCCGUCCCUGGCUCACGGCUACCUCCCGCCACCCCCGAGCAGCGGCAGCCUCCUGGCCAAGCGGCACACAGAGACCGGCUCCCUGCCACAGCUGCAGCUGAGCUUCCCGGCCCUGCGGCCGUUCGGGUCUCCGGCGGACGGACCGGUGCGCGGCCGAGUCCGGCGCAGCGCGCGGCUCGACAAGAACGACCGCUUCACGGAGCUGCUCCAGAACAACGGCUUCGUCAGCAUUGACGACGAUCACCCGUUCAACGGCAACUUUGACACACUGUCGGCCGUGCAGGGGCUUCACAUCAACGUCAACCCGCUGACGUACGAAGUUGAGUGCUCGGACGCCAUCGGCUACUACCGCACCAUCAGUUUCGCGCACUACAAGUGCCGGCCGGGCUCGCGACGCGACCUGCUGGGCGAGUGCCACCACGAGGGGCCCGACUGGACCGACUACCACCCGGACCGCUGUCCGUUCGGCCGCCGGCACAACCUGCUCACCGGCAAGUGCAUGCGCAUCAGCUGAAGCACCGCCGCGCCCAACAAAAACCCAUGACAGGAAGUGCCACAAACUCGGCCAUAUGGUGGGGAGCAAGGCCGGCCCGGAGACGUCGCGGGACGGACGGGGCCCAAGGUCGGGCCGAUCGGUUCUCAGGAGACAGCUGGCGGGUUCGAUGGCGCGGUGGCCGGCCGGCUGGACCGCCGAGCCGGCUUACAGACGCUUAAUCCGCCUCCGGGGUGGCUGUGUGAUCAGACGGCUCUGUGACUGGUGUGAUGGACGACUCAGUGUUUCUCGGAGGGCUCGAGGCGCGAGAAUGUUACCAGAACGUUAUCUCGGUGCUGGCGUGCCUACGUCACGUGACGGCGGCUUACCGGAGCCGCGGUGACGGGUGCCAGCCGGCUGCCUGUCGCAGACCCGGCCGGAUCAUCUCUCGGCGACUUCUCCCUGUGUGUUCGUGGAGAGAGGCGGACACUGGACGGCGGCACCCGUCCUCACCAUGUCGCGUGUGCUCACCAGGCGAGCGAGCGAGGACAAUCCCCUCCCAGCCCCGCUCGGCUGGACGGGUAGCCACAUCGACUCAUUGUGUGCCCAUGUUUGUGAAUGUCACGUAUGUUCAUCGCGUGCUGAGACUGCUUGAGCUUUGUACCAAUGUGUGCCCCAAGUGUGUUUUGAAACAAGGGUCAGUGUCGACCAAAAUAGCUUGUAAAUGUGCAUGUCGCUUGAUCCGCAUACCUGUAAUGUUCUCGCUGUGCAUAUAUGUCUCCCAUAGAUUCUCAUGUGCGCUGAACAGCCGCUGAACAGUUUGGAUACAAUUAGGAUGAUGACAAUAAAUUAUUACU